AUGGCUGAUCAAAGGCAGGACAGGCGUAACUGCAUCCGAGAAGCAUUCAGUAUUACCAACACCAGGGUUGGCAUCAAGAGGAGGCAAAGAAAAAUGAUCCAUCGUUUUAAGGGCGAUCACAAAAAGAAUUGCAUGGAAUUUGGAGAAGGUAUCAUAAGAGAGUUUUUAGAUCCUUAUGAUGGUGACUCUGAAGAUAUACCAAAUCUUUCAGACUAUGGUUUGAAUAAUUGUUCCCUUGGAGACGUGAGCUGCAGUGGGGUUUCAAAUUCACUGAACUCGCGUGUCUCGGAAGAGGUUGCUAUUGAAGAUUCCACCUUUCUGAAAAGUCCAGAACAUGCCAAAUCUACCGGCUGGGCCUCUCCAGCAUUAGAAACAAAUGAUGUAUACAUGCAGCCAUUGAGUGAAUUGAAAUUGCCAAUAGAGAUCAUCAGUCAAGAGGUGAGAGAUUGUUCAGAGAGACUUUCAGAGCCAUCUGAAUUGUCUGUGGAUUCUAGAGUAAUUACUGAGGUGCAAGGGCCAAGGUUAGAACAUUCCUGGUUUAUGAAUAUUGAUCCUCCUAAACCUGUAAGACACUUGGAAAACAUAGCAAGAGUGCCCUUGCAGCCUGCCAGACUCAUGAAUGAUAAGGACAUUAAGUUGUAUAAACCAUCACUGUUCAAGAGAAAACUGGAACUACCACAUUCAGAGUGCGAAAAAAUUAAAAGAAAGAAACAGCAUAUGGCAUAA